AGAAAGCGUUGGCCGUUAUGUUGCUUGAGAGCUUUCCGGGUUAAUGUCUUACUGUGUGUGUCUGUGUGUGUGCGAUGGAUUGAUUCACGUCAUACUUACUUAUCUGACGACAUCUUCUGUGACAGAGCUGGUCACUUCAGACAGAUGGCGUCUUGUCAGCCAAGAUGCCCUCUCCCCGCUUGAGAAAGGAGGCUUUUUGUGGUGUCACUCGUGUACUUUAUUAAUUCCUGCUUGCAGAGGAAAGUGAGAUUCGGACGUAUACAUGAACUUUUCAGGUGAGGAGCUCCCAGGGUUAAGCUGCAUGGUUUCCAGGACUUACAUUUGUAAAUGCAUUUAAGAAAUAAUACAUUUAGUUUAAAUCCCUUUUAAACGUGUUUAAAUGUGGCUUUUAAAUGCACCCCUUUGAACGAUCUUUCUCUGGCCCCCUAACUGUUAUUUCCUCCUCACUUCCUGCCCUUUUCCUCCCUCAGCUUCCUGCCUGUCUGGUCACCCCAAGGAGAGAUGCUACUUUAAAAAUAAGUUAUUUACUUACUGUGGAGUAGCUCCCGAUUCUGGGAUGCCUCGUCUGGAGCUUCAGGGAAGUCAUUUGCAGGGCAGUCGUGCUGCAUCGCCCCAGCAGAGCGGGUUAUUUAUCCUCUUGUGAUGUGGGUAUUAUGUAGACAGGAUGAGCUUUGCUCUCUCAGGGUGUGUGGCAUGAAGCAGAUGUGAUGAAGAGUGACAUGCAGGGAAGCGGCCCCUACAGGUUGGCCUGCCCAUGUUCUGUCCAGCAGGCUCUGCAUAGUGAUCUAAUUAAGGCCCUCAUAUCUCCAGCAUGUAGCAGGGAUGGGACAGAGCCUGUGGCUCCAGGAACACGAAGCUCUGCAGGAAAAAGGCCGUUUAAUCCCAGGGGUGGAGUCCGAACGGCGAGACGGGAACUCCUAAGCAACACUGUGCGCUGAAAUUUACGGCAGAAAGAAGUUACGACACUAGAUUUUUGUAAGAUGCGUAAUGCUGAAAUGGUUGACAUAUUUGUGGUCAGGAGUGGAUUUUUCAGUCUCUCUUUAUUAUGUGUGAUCCCACAUUGCUUCCCCACAGUGAAAAAUCUCCUAGCAGCCAGUUGUGUCAUUCCGUUGCGUAAGACUUUUCCGGAAGUAGUUAGACAUCCCAAAGAGUGCAGUGCUUCGUGUUUACGGAUCGAGCAGCGCAUUUCACCUUAUGGAAACUGAGGGUGUGCUGGGGCUGUGUGUAGCUCACCCUGCGUGGUCUGUGGUCCCACCCAAGCCCCCAAACCGAUCUCAGGAGCACUUAGUGUAUCUCUGAGGACGCUGCGGAAGAGUGGUUUGAAGUUAGAGCUUCUUGUCAAUACAUCUGCUCUUUAUGGAGACUGUAGGUGCCAGAGAUUGAAUCCUCACGGCUGAAAGGCAUGGAAGAAAAGGUGGUUUGUUCUUCGAAGUGGCCGCCUCACAGGGGACCCCGAUGUGCUGGAGUACUACAAAAAUGACCACGCCAAGAAGCCCAUCCGCGUCAUCGACCUGAACCUCUGUGAGCAGGUGGAUGCUGGGCUGACCUUCAACAAGAAGGACCUGGAAAACAGCUUCAUAUUCGACAUCAAGACCAUCGACCGCAUCUUCUAUCUGGUCGCCGACACUGAGGACGACAUGAACAAGUGGGUUAGGCGCAUCUGCGACAUCUGCGGGUUCAACCCGACUGACGAAGAUGGCACCAAACCCUCCCAGCCUGGAUGCCUGGUACUGGACCCUCUGCCUAAUCCGGGUCUGUCAGCCGCGGCACCCUCCUCCAUGAACAGUGUGCCACCUCCCUACCAUCCAGUGAGCAUUCGCCACCUGGAGUCCUCAUCCAGCCUGGAGGAGGCUCCCGACUACCUGCUGCUGGUCAACUGUGAAAGCAAGAAACCCACAGUGUCCAGGCUCCAGGGCUCCUCCAGGUCUACCUCUUCUGAGACGGACUGCAACGAUAACCUCCCCUUGCACAGGCCCCUAGCAUCGUCCUUCCCCAAACAGCCAUCAUCCAAUGGCUUCUUCCCCCAGCCCAGCUUCUACGACUCGCCGCCGGCCCGCGGGUCCUCCGUGACAGCGGACACCGCCUCGUACUGUCUGCCCCGCAGCUACUCGCAGGACACGGUGCUGCAGCCACGGCCAGCAUAUUCCAUGCCCGGGCAGGACAUGGACUCCCCCGCAGGCGAGCUGCAUGUCCUCGUGGCACCGCCUCGCAAGACGUCAGUGGAGAAUCAGUUACGGCACAUCUCCAUCAGUUAUGACGUCCCACCCGCGUCCAGCUCUGCCCGUCAGGUCCAUGGGGCAUUCUCCGGCCAGGUGGAUGCCCCGCCUCCACGCCCCCCCAAGCCCUCACUAGCCGCUGCCUCAGAGCGCUCCCCCACGGACACAUGCUACCUGCCGCGCUCAGUGUCAGAGAGUGACGGUAACUACUGCGUGCCAACCAGCACAGGGGCCAAGGCGCUACGUAGUAACACCAUUGGCACCAUGGACCUUUCGGGCCUCCGGAAAGAUUUCGGAUCUCAGGACUGCUACGAUGUCCCGCGCCCUGUCGGCACAGACAGAAGCAGCUCAUUCGAGUUCAAUGAUAAUUUCGGCAACUACUUAAGAAACAAGGGCAUGAUUCCAGUGGGGCCCACGGCUGGAUCCACUGAAGAGAUGGAUGAGAAUUAUGUGCAGAUGAGCAACUCGCCACGCCACGGGCGCUCGGGAAGUCUGUCUGAGGGGACGCAGGAGCCCAACUACGUGCCCAUGACGCCCGGAAGCGUGGAGUUCUCCUCGCUGGGCAAGCAGGUCCCCCCGCCAGCACACAUGGGAUUCCGCUACAGCCCCAAGACCCCCCCGCGGAGGGCCGCCCCCGCCGGCGAAUGCCAGCCUCCUCCCAUUGACCGCAAUCUCAAGCCUGACCGCAAAGGUCAGAGCCCUAAAAUAUUAAGAGCUAAACCAUUCGGUUUAGAGCGAACUGAUUCACAAACCGUAGGCGAAUUCCGAAGACGACUGAAGGUUAAACCAGCCCCUCUGGAGAUCAAGCCCCUGCCGGAGUGGGAGGAGCUGCCAGCUCCGGUGCGUUCCCCGGUGACCCGCUCCUUUGCUCGGGAUCACCCCAGGUUCCCCAUGCCUCCGAGACCCGAAUCAGUCCAAAGCAUCACCUCCAGUACUGACUCCGAUGACUACGAGGAGAAUUACGUGGCUAUGACCACCUCCAACACAACAGCAGACGAAUCACUCGCCUCUUCCUCGCAGAGCCUGAAGGUCGGUGCUCAGUUGAAUGCGGAUGGGGGAGGCAGCCCAAUGGUGAAGCCUAAGAGGGACAGGCAGGUGGAAUAUCUCGACCUGGACUUGGACCCAGGAAAAUCGACUCCGCCGCGAAAGAAGGCGAGUAACGGCACUGGCAGCGCAGCCUCUGAUGAGCGGGUGGACUAUGUGGUGGUGGACCAGCAGAGGACGCAAGCACUGAAGAAUACCAAAGAAGCCUGGAACGGAGGGAGGCAGUCCACAGACACCGACACUCCAUCAAAGGGACCAAAGUGAGCCGCGGAGCGGCAUCUUUGUGGAUUACUGAUCACCAGGAGGCUCCAGGAGGUCCAUCUGCAUGUACAGAACUUAUCGUGAGGCACUCUGGAGUCAACAAGGCCUCCUCCUCUGUUUGGUUUUCUGAGGCUUAUUGUAAAGCUUCUGCAGUAAGUCCAGGGCAGGACCAGUGGAAACCCCUGUGCUCUCCUUAUGCUGUCCUUAUGUUCUCAAGCAUUUCUGCAGCAGACAGGGUGUCGUAGUCCUGUUCUGUAUCCUUCAAAAGACUCAAUAUGGACCAUGCAAUUCAGUCAGGCUGCCGGCGUGUCUUCUAAAAACAUCUUUACUCACUCUCACUUCCUUCUGUAAUUGUGUUAAAGCUGUUAAACUGUUCCGCAGUGUCAUCUCAAAAAUGGAAAUCAAUAUUUAGAAUUUUCACAUUCAUUUAUCAUCAUCUGAUUUUUUUUUUUUUUUUCCGGUUUAAGUCUAAAAGUGCAGUCAGAUGUUCUCGAAAAUGAAAUACGUAGGCUUGAAACGACAACUUUCUUUCCCACGCUAACACUGACUUUUUGUGCAAAGCAGAAUGCAAAUAGCGUGGAUAAAAAGUAGGAAUGUGCGCGAGGCGUGUGGGCUGCACAUGUGCCAGACGCAGUGUGUGACGGCUCAGCUACGCAGUUUCUUUGUGAAUUUCCAUUCCUACUGUGGACUGCGCUAUCAAGCUAAUUAUCAGGCUAAUUAAUCCAUCUAGAAUAUGGUGGAAUCAACAACUGUGACUACCUUCAAACAGUAGGUUUGUAAGCUUUCUCCUACUUAUGCAAUGUUUCAAAGAAGAAUAUCAGGUACUCAAUCAAUUUCUAAUUUCCACAGAACGAGCUUCUGCAGCCCUCUUCCUCCAGGUAGAACGAUCUUUCCAAUAUCAAACACGCCCAUGAUUCAGAAGCACCUUUGCUGUAAAAGAUACCUUCCAAACAAGAGCUAAAUGUUUUCUAAUUUUUUUACUGGAAUUUUUUUUUUAUCGUUUUGAAUUCCCCCUUUUUAUAUUCUGCCACAGUUUCACUUGGACUGUAAUUUAUUUUACCAACAGAAUUCCAGUUUUUGCCUGGAAUCUGACAGACUGCCUUACUAAGCUCAACGUCUUCUGUAAAUAUGAUCGAUGCUGCCUUUUAGGAUUGCCCUAUCUGAACUUUUUAAGUAUUUGUGAAUUUUACUCUUAAAAAGUAUUUUAGCUUUACUAACCUGGCCAUUAUGACUUGAGGCAUGAUGUAUGUCUUCGCUUUCACAGGUUGAUAUUGUAUUCAUUGGCCCUCUUCUGCAGCAUGUCCCCUCCCAUAGCAAUCUCUUGAUGUUUCUCAGCCUUUAUUGCCCCUCAGACUAUUCCUCUGUCAGAACAUUUUUUUUUGAGAGACAACUAAAACAAAUCAACACUAAAAUGUUUGGAAACAUGUAUAUUUUAAAGUGUGCAAAAUAAAAGCAUAUCGUUAUGCA